AUUCAGUAUUUUCUUGGGUAUUUUGUGAACGAACUCGUGAAACAAUGAUGCGCUUUGUGGUUUUGAGUGUCCUGAUUGUGGGAGCUUUCGGUGCCAAUUUGAAGAAUUACCCGAAACUGAGGCUGGAUGGAAAGAUUGUUGGUGGCUAUGAGGUGAACGUUGAAGAGGCUCCAUAUCAAGCAUCACUGCAGACAGACUACUCCAGCUGUGGUGCUUCAAUUAUUAGCGAGAAUUUCGCCCUGACUGCUGCCCACUGCACUGAUGACGCAAUUGCUGAUAUGUUCACUUUGAGGGUCGGAUCCAGCUACCACGCAAAGGGCGGUAAAGUUGUGAACGUCAAGAGAAUUGUGCAGCAUCCGCAGUGGAAUCCUCAGACUAUCGAUUAUGACUUCGCCCUUCUGGAACUGGCGGAGACACUGACGUUCAGCGAAGCGUGUCAGCCAGUUGAUUUGCCGGAGCAGGAUCAGGAUGUGGAGGAUGGCGCUUUGCUGCUGGUUUCCGGCUGGGGCAACACUCAGAACGCUGAGGAGUCCAGAGAAAAGCUGCGCGCAGCUCUUGUGCCAAAGACAAAUGACGAAGUCUGCAGCGAAGCUUACGGAGGCAAUGGCAUGAUCACACCCCGGAUGAUCUGCGCUGGCUACGAAGAGGGCGGCAAGGACGCGUGUCAGGGAGAUUCCGGCGGUCCGCUGGUGGAGAAUGGAACCCUCGUGGGAGUUGUAUCUUGGGGAGAGGGAUGCGCCGAGAAAGGAUAUCCCGGAGUCUAUUCGCGUGUUGCAUCAGUGCGCGAUUGGCUGCACAAGGAAGCUAAUCUGUAAAAUGUGUGUUAAUUUUGAAUCCGAACUGAUUUAAUAAAAUAUUUUACAUCG